CAUGACACUGCUUGUCAAAGUUGCACCAAAAGUGCAAAAACCAUUGGGUUGAACGAUUCGUGAAAAUAAAAUUUUCCAUUUUCCCGAACAGGAAACGCACAAAAUUAAACGCGUCGCUCGUACUUUUCGCAAGGGAGCAUUUCCGAGAACCCAUUCCCUGGGCACUGACUGCGUCGUGGAUCAUUUUUCACAAAAACUUAUCCUGCGGCAGCCUGGAACAAGCAACACAAAUAAUAUGAUAACCAGGCUCGCAAAGGGACAAUCCCUUGGUCUUGGUUGUCGUUCCCGCAGGUUCCGUCAUCAGUAGCAUUGAUCUUCCGAAGUAAAUAAUCUAUCAAAUUUGCGAACAUGGGUUGCAUAAAUUCGAAGAAAGAUAUCAAUGAUGUUCACCCUAAUAUAUUUCACGUGAUCAGUCUCAACAACGAUGGCGUGGCCCACUGGAGUGGCCAACUGGAGGUGUCGGUGAACAAUCUGACGCUGUACCGGAAGGGCCGCGAGCCAACCAAAUGGGAGCUGAAGCAUUUGCGUAGAUACGGUUUCAAUUCUGAUCAGUUCAGCUUCGAAGCAGGGAGGAAAGCUCCGAACGGAGAAGGAAUUUACAUUUUCAAAUGUAGAAGAGCGGAGACGCUGUUCUAUACUUUGCAGUCCUAUAUCCAGGGCAGGAUCUAUAAUGAUGAAACUACGAAUCCAAAUGAUCCGUACCCGAUUCCAGUGGGUCCUUCAACGGGACCUUCGGUAGCAGCGCGAAGUGUUUCACAAAAUAACACGGCCACCCGGGUUGCAACGCCACAGAAUGGCAGUGGGACGGGCAGCUACGUUGUGAAUCGUGGAGGAACCCCCGCCGGUAUCGCCACUAGUCAAUCGUUGAGUCCCAACGGAACCAUCCACUCGAAUUCGAACCAAAGCCGAAGUACCGAUACACUUCCGAUGGAAACCAGCUACCUGGAACCUUCUAACAGGUCACAAACGGGACUGCCACAGACGGUAGCUGCUCGUUUCCAACAGAAUUUAAGACUCAGUUCCGUCAGCAGUGGACCCAUUAGUCCGGAUGUCACUUCUCCGAGCUCACCAAAUAGCAUUAAUAAUAUUCUAGAAGUAACAUCGCUGAAUCCGCUGCCCUCAAGCAAUGCCACAGUUGGGUCCCAUCAUGGGGUUAGCAAUCUGUACCAAGAGUUUCCCGUGGUCAAGGAUGGUGUUGUUGCAACUGGGGUUAUGGUUGGCGCGUCUGUAAACCGAAUGUCCUUGGACAUUCCUCCACAAGAGGUGGCUCCCGGUGCCGAAACCGCAAUGAGUUCCAGCACAAACAAAGCGGAUCUGAUUCCACUGGAAUUGACUCAAAUGACCCCUGAAAGUGAAGCCUCACGUAUGUAUGUUAACGUAAAUAUUCCAUCUGUUGCCAAAUCGAGAGCCAAAUCUGCUAGCAAAAGUAACUCUAGUCUAAUAUCCAUAAAUAACAAUACUGGUUCGUUUGAUGAAAAUCAAUACCAAAACGUUAAAACUCCUACUUCGAGCGGGCCGAAUGCUUUCGCCCUUCUUCCUCUGAAUGUAUCAUCAUACUCGAUAGAUCCUUCCCGUUGUUACGAAAAUCUUGAACCAAGUGAAAUCAAAUCUGUGCUCCUCCGAGGACGUUACUCAAAACCGGACAUCUUUUCCAACGUAGAGCUCCCUACGUUGGACAAUUCAGAACCGUGCACGCCAACUGCAACCAAUCGGAAGGUUAACUAUAUUGUUCUCGAUCUUGACCAAUCGAAUCAAGCAGCAUCACAGAAUGCAACCAACGCUUCAUUGGCCUCGCUUGCCAAUGUUAUUUCGCCAACGGGAGCUGCUCCAGAAGCGGCAGCCAGCCUAAGCGCCAACAGUAGCAUCAGCAACAAUAACAACAACAAUCCAACGGCGAUAAAUCUAAAUAACCCGUUAACUCCGCUAGGCGGCGAUGCUAGCGGCUCUGUUGCCCAAACACCUACAACAGCUGGAGCUGCGACGACAGUUACAACAGCGAGCUUGCUGCCACCAGAAAGUCCAAAGAAGGCGUCCCUCGGCUAUGCAACGAUUGAUUUCAACAAAACAUUUGCCCUCAGCAACUCCACUACACCCUCAUCGGAGCUUGAUAGUGAAGGCUCUCGCAAAACCAGGCACAAUUCCACCGUGACGCCUCUAACGAGACAGAGCAACUCCGUCAGCGACUAAGUUUUUGGUAAGUGAAUGGUUUUCUUUCGUUUGGAUAUUGUGGAAUAGCUGAAAGCAGAUAAAGGACCGUUCAAUUAUUACGUAACCCAAUUUCCGAUCGUUUUCAAACCCCCUCCUUUCCCCUACGUAACAUACGCGUUUCAAAUUUUCUAUCCAUAAUCCACCACCUCCCCCAAAACGCGUUACGUAAUAUUGGACCGUUCAAAUAAGUUAUUCAAAUGAACCAAAAAAAAAGGUUAAAUUUUCCAAAAGUAUGAUACGCGGGAACGCUGGUCAAAGAAUAGUUAAAUUAUAAAUAAUUUUCAAUCCGUUUUUAUAUUUCGUUCUGUAUGUGAAGCUUAGGAAAAUUAUGGUGAUGGUACGUGAGAUACCACAAGUUUCUCGGUUACUGGGUAAAAUACAGUUUUUUUUCAUCGUACUUCGACGUGUUAACGCCAUGAAUGUUUGUUCCGAGUAGGCCAGCUUUCAAAAUGCAGUUUGGAGCAGUUGGAACUUCUAGUGAAAUUACAAAUUUGUCAUCCCAAAUUUAUUUUUAAAAAAAACAUAUUUUUAAGAAAUUAUUUUAUCGGCUAUAUCAGUGAAAUUUUAUAUUCUUUGAGAAAGAAUAUUAAAAAAUUGAAAGAUGAUAGACGGAUAGAAGAUUGGAAUGAGGUGAAAGAUGUUGAAAAUGAGCGGAAGGGUAAUUUUAACUUGAAAAAACAACAGUUCGUUCGAACUGCAAGUCUUCCGCUUGUGGGACGAACCACGCUAGGCCUACUUUGUGUGUUGGUAGCUACAAAGCUAUCCGUAUCUACCACUGCUAGGUAGUAGGCCCGUGAGGAACAAAACGAUGAAAUGUGCACGCUCUUUUUUUUUAACUCAAAAUUAAGUAUGACCGAGGUUCAAAACAUAGUUCGAUUCUAUGAACUUAAAGUUAAGUACCCUUUUUCCUCCUUGCGAUGGAUCAAAACGGAGUUCGAACUGCGAACUCAAAAUUGAUCCCUUUUUUUCCUUCGGCGAGGGAUCAAAGCUGAGUUCGACCUUAUGAACUAAAAAUUGAACUCUUUUUGUUGGACUGAAAACACUUAGCGAGUUCAGUUCGAACCGGAACAGCAACCAACAAACACGUCGCAAAAUUUUGUCGCUCCGGAACAAUUACCGGAAGACUAUGAAGGAACUUUAUAAUGAAAUGCAUGUUCACCGUGUCAGCGUAAAAUUCUGUCCGUCAUUGUCAUCAUAUGGUGAGCGGCUUGGAAUGUCCGGAAACUUCCGGAUGUUGUUUACGUGGGAAGUAACAUCCGGAAGUUUUCUUUGACCGGGAGUGUAAAAACAUUCCACUGCUCUGUACCGGAACAGCAACAUCCGGGUACAACAAAUUUUAAUCAUCCUUCAAUUCCCUGAAAAUAAGCUACCCUCGAAAAAAAAGGAUAAAUUAUAGUUCGGCUGCCGAACUUAGUAUUGAGUAUGCCUAUCAGAACUUAGUUUUGCUAUUGCCCUGUUAAACUCAAAGUUGAGGGAUGCCACCGAAGUGCUGUUUUGAACCAAAACUACUUAAUUUUGAGUUUAAAAAAAAGAGCGUGUGAUGAAAAGUUUUUCAAAUUAAAAUUACCCUUCCGCUCAUUUUCAACAUCUUUCACCUUAUUCUAAUAUUCUAUCCAUCUAGGAUAAUCUUUCAAUUCUUAAAUAUUCUUUCUCAAAGAAUAUAAAAUUUCACCGAUAAAGCCGAUAAAAUAAUUUCAUAAAAAUAAAUUUACGGUGAUUAACUCUUCAUAAAAAGAACAUAAUAUUUUAAUAAAUUUUAUUGCUAUUCUAACAGAACAGAAAAAUAAACAUCGAGACAAAAAUAUAUAUUUUUCUAUUUGUUGCUUUUAACUAUUUAUUAAAUUUUAGCUUGCAGAUCUCACCUAGAUCAUUCGCCAAAGAGAAUCCACGCGAAGCAAAGUCUCACUCGUUAUUAAAGAGUGCAGAUAUAUUGGAUGGAAGAUCAAAACAUAUUCGAGACCCUGUAAAUCUUCCUUCCAAAGGAAAACUAAAAAUCGUUAUAUAACAGACGCACAAAUCACGUGCACUGAUUGUUUUAAUGUUUUAGCUUGUUUUGAAUACACUUUUAUCUAACAAACAUUACACAAGUAAACAUCUCACAUCUUGCCUUAGUUUGCCACAAGUGGAAUGUUAUUCAUUAGGUUAUUUUAAAAAGAAAAUCUAUUUUAAUUAGUGAAUAUUGACACAAGAAGACCAAGAUGGUUCGAAGUCCAAAGUUUUCCAUAAACGAAAUUAUAAAAGAAAAUAAUAAGUGAUAUUUUAUUAUCCUUUUCUAUCUAUAUUGUUGUAAAUCAAACUUUCAUUGAAUUUGGGGAUUUUAAGAUUUGUUAAAACCAACCCGAACGAAAGGUUCAAAUGCUGCCAGAAGGGGAAACAUAUGGCACUAUGUUGAAUUUACUUUUAUUCCCGUGAUGAUUCAACGAAAGGCACAUUAUAGCUACUGAACAGCCAGCAAAAAAAAAAAAUGCGGAAAUGUUUAAACGCGUAGAUAAUAGAGUAUGUUAUUUGACGUAUAUUAUUCUAUAGACAAAGUUUAAAGCUACACGCAUGAAAAGGUAAAAAGUUUCGUUAUAGAAGACGGAUUUGUAAAAUAAUUGCCAAAAAGUAGGUAUAAGUAUCAGGAAGAGAAGUACAGGAUUGCAUAAGAUCAUUAUGUAGUAAGAUUAUAAGACUAAAUAAAUAUUAUUAGUUUAUUUA